AUGGGAUGGUUCGAGCGGAUUGUGCUGCUUCUGGAGCAAGAGCCGGACAUAGCAAAGGGUUUCUCCCGAGGAAAUUCCGGACCAUACUGGGAUGAUCUGGCGGCAGAAGUCAAUAGUUUGGGACCGCCUAUUCGCGAUGGAAGUGGAUGGAAAAAGGUUUGGGCGGACUAUAAGUCCGGAUUAAAGCGAAAACUCGCUCACAACAAACGGGAGCAGAGGGCGACAGGUGGAGGACCCAAUAAAAUUAUCAAUUUGUCCGAGCUGGAGGAGCAGGCAGUUCUACUAACUGGGUUACUUGCGACCGUGGAAGGAAUCCCGGGUACCUCAUCUCAUGGAACACAGUUGGGUUCGCCUUCGGGUGAACCUCAAGCUGCAGACCAGGAAAAUUUUAUAUAUUAUGGUACUUCCGACGAGUGUGACGGUAUCAAUAAUACCAUUCACUUCCAGCCCUCUCAGCCGAAAAAAUCCAGACCUUCUACCACGAGGCUAUUAGAGCUGCAAGUCGAGCAACAAAACAAAUUUCACACCAAUGUGAAAUCCCUGUUAAAAAACACAAACAAGAAUUUGAGUGAUCUGGUUCAUUAUCAGCGCCAAUCAGCUCGAGCGAUUCUUUCCGUGGAUGCCACACUCAAAGAACAUCUGAGUGAACAAAAACGACAUAACCACGAGAUGGAGAAGAUCGCGCUGGAGAAAUCAAUAGCGACAAAUCCUUGAAACGCAGAUUGCGUAUAUUUCAGAACAUUAGAAUAAUGUUUCAAAAUAUCAGUGAUCUGAUUUUUUAUCUUUAUAUUGUAACUCAAGUAUAAAAAAAUGAAAAAAAGUUCUAAUCGUAUUUUUAUAUCUUUCCAUGGAAGAAAAAUCUUACUUAAUUUUUUCUUUGAAGUUUGUUUGGAAUAGCAUCAAAAUUAUAUAAACUUUUUUAAAAUUCACGAAUUUCGCCUAUAGUUUAUGGAACUUCCUUAACCCCUUCACGUACAACAUUGAACUUCACUCGUUGUUUCUCGAUGUGAAAUAAUUACAUAGCUUCAGGCAUAUGAUGAGGAUACCGACAACUGAAGAUUAUAAAAUUUCCGUUAUUUAAAAAAAAAUUGAAUGAGCUAAAAAUAUAAAAUAUAAUUUGAAUAUUAUAAUUAAAAUAAAAACGAACGAGUUAGUACGUAGUAAUAACUCCUUCGUUUUUAUUUUAAACACAACAUGUAUUUGCUCAUCAUAGGGCACCCAUGUUAGAUACCCACACUCAGCAGAGUAGCGGAACGACUCGAAGUGCUCGUUUUGGGCCGUGCUGUUGGAAAUUAAAUCGUACAGCAAGGGGUUAAAACAACGCAAAAAGUAUUAAUAAUGGUUAUUUGAAUACUUGGCCUGCUUACGAGAAAUCGAUAAUGACAUGUUCUCAAAGUGUUGGCAGGAAUAAGAGUAAAUAAUUCUGCCGAAACCAUAGUUAAGUAAGGAAGACACUUCCUUUUCCGGUGGUUGUUAUUUAUUUGAGCAUUUGCAAACAAGUUAGAUGAAAUUUAACAGUCAUAAAUAUUAAUUUAAACAAAAGUUUAUUAUGUAAACAGCUGCAUAACAUAUUAUAACUACUGAGAACGACCAAAUUCUAAGCAUAUAUUGUGAAGUGCACAGCAUACAUUUAUAAUUUGAGCGCAUUUAGUAGGAUUGUAGUGAAGUUGUCUCGCGCCAAGGAUGCAUCUAAACCGAUUUUUUAGUAAACCGAUUGUCCGCUCGACGAUAGCACGACCC